CAUUUCCACAAAUUACUUUGUUCACAAUCUUGAUUCCACUCACCUUCACAUCUUCUAACAAUUUGGGUAUCUUAAUCCAUCAAUUUACUCCAAGUUUCGCGAUUUUCUUAUACUAUUUAUCAAUUUGUUUUCCCCAUUCCAAACAACUACAUAUUUACGCACCUGGAUUGAUCUUUCCCAUCAUUUCGCGAAACAUUUGGGGUUUACAAUUGAAUUCUUCUUAGCAAACCUCGUUCGUAUCAUCGCCACAAAGAGACAUGGUUUACCACUCUAGUUUUGUGGAUGAAGUUGGAGUGAGUAGAGCUUGUGGAUGCCCUCUUCUUCCUCUCAAGAGUCACAUUAAGGGACCUGCUCCUGUUUCAGAUCAAGACAGAACUGAUAUCGUAGAUGAAGCCAUCACCUUCUUUCGAGCCAAUGUGUUCUUCAGAAACUUUGACAUCAAGAGCCCCGCUGAUAAGCUUCUCAUAUACUUGACCUUUUACAUUAACGUUGCUCUCAAGAGGCUUGAAGGUUGCAGAACCUUAGCUGAAGGAACCAAGGCAAUCAUCAACCUGGGCCUUGAAAAGGUUCCUGUCCCUGGAGAGUCUGGCUUUCCUUUUCCGGGUCUUUUUCCCCUUCCUCAAUCACAUAAGGAAGCAGAAUUGUUCAGAAAUUAUUUGAAGCAGAUACGGGAAGAAACAAGUGGGAGGUUAUUGAGCGUUGCAUACAGACCUAAUGGCACUCCAAAUAAAUGGUGGUUGGCAUUUGCCAAGAGGAAAUUUAUGAAUAUAAUCAUUCCUUAAACUGUUGUGGAGAACAUGCAAUUCUUGAACCAUAGCCUGAGAUUGUGAAAAAUACACUUAAACACUGUUGAUCUGCUAAUAAAAAAAAUAUAAUGAUUCUUGAAAGGCACGCUGUUUAUUGUCUGUUUUGAAACUUUGAUUUUGAAUAUUCUCAACUACUGCUAGCUAGGGUGGCACUCAUUUUCACCAUUCGUUUGCUGGUCACGUCUACUUU